AGUGUGCAUGAACAACGACUCUUACCGAAGUCCAAGGCCGAUGUGCUCCAGAACGUUGGACAGGGAGACGUCUUUGGCUUGGAAAGGCUUCCUCUUCUCCUUGAACUCAUGCGCCAGACAGAUCCUCCAGCCCUCAUUGGGUACACCGAUUCCAGUGUCCUUGGCCACAUACUUGCUCAUGAGCUCUGCAGUGGAUCUCUCACCCCACUCCGUACUGGCCAUUUUUGCUGGAGAAUCCCAGUUAAAAUGAUGCAGGAAUAUCCGUGUUUCCUUGAAAAAUUGAUGAUAUCAGUGGUCGAAAGGGUUCUUAUGAAAGUGGUUACCAUCUGUGAGAAAAUAAUUUGUCUGUCACAACUUGGUAACGGAAUAAUAUCAGGUUGUCCACUGAUCAAUCAAGACAAACUGGUUUUCUGAAAUUGAGGCGGGUGAACUGGGUAAGCCAAGUAUGUUGUCGUUCUCUCCUCAUUCGUACAACGAUUCAGUCACAGGUUCAUAACAGACUAUAGAGCGGCCUGUUGACAUCGAUUGGAUCAAAUGUUUAUGGCUCCAAAAAUUGUAUUGUACGCAAUGGAGGCUGGGCAGGAAAAUAUAGCUGUAGCCCACAGCAGGAAAAAAGACAGCACACUGUAUGAAAAAAUUAUAUGGACCCAAGUUAUCCAGGAAACCUGCAAAGGACAAGGACAAAGAUGAAUUCAACGUUAUCCAUUUGAAAUAGCAGUUCUUACAGUGGCACAUUUUAAGACACAUACUGGAAGGCUCAUUGUGUUUUUGUCAUGUAAUGUUAUUUUUAAGCUCUCGAAAUCCUACUACAAUGGCAACAUCAUCUCAGCUAUGCAUCAUCAUAAUGUAACAUAGUUAAGCUACAGUAAGCGGGGUGCUAAAAACACUUUUUUUUUUUUCACCAAAGCCUUUGGAAGGAACUUACAUCUAUAUACAAACAGCUAGAAUCAACGCGGUGAACUAUGAACACAUGCCGUCUGGUAGAUUGGUCCAGACAUUAUUAAAGUGUGAUUAACCGCAGUCGACAUUAAGUUCCUGUUGCCCUUGCUAGCAGCGUUCAAUAUGUAAAUGCACUACAGAAGGUUCUAUGAGCUAGAAUUCGGGAUAAACCAAUUCACAAAGAAUAAGGGGGAUUUGGUCUUCACUGCUGGUUUAUUGUCUAUCUAAAUGUGACGACCGUUUUCCCCAGUUGUAAUAUACACAACUGAAUUGUAAUCAGCUGUGCAAAAUCUGGGAGCCAGAAUAACUAUCAUGUAUUUACAUGUACUUUGGUUAAGUGAUUGUCUCUUCCUUUUAGUUCAAAUAGUAUCUUCCAGCCUACGUCACAGGUGCCACGGAGCUGUGUGGAUGGCCGACCAUAGAAAAUACAUGUAUUACAUGUAUUGAAAUACAACUGCUCAAUAUAGUUUUAUUUGAUUGUGGAAUUCUUUCUAGUUUUGUGUUAUAUUGGUAUCAUUAUUUUUUGCAAGGCAGUAUGUCAUGUCCUUACGAUACUUAGCUUUUGUCUUUUCACCAAUGGUUAACUCUGGUCGUCCCUGAACUCCGGACAGACGUUUGUUUAUGCUAUCCACUCUCACAUGCUAACGGUGUUCGUUUUAAUGUUUUCUCCACAAUAAUGCACGGUUCUCAUCCUUCAUGAGGAGUACACACCUACGUUUUACGUUUACACGGAGGAAACUGUUGUUGAAAUACAUUCGUAUUUUCUGCGAAGAUGAUAGAAGUGGUGGCCUCCAUGGCCCGGGGCCCUGUGCUCCUGGCCGGGGAGGUGAUGGAGUGUCUCAUCACGUUCACCAACCCAAUGUCCCACCUUUCGACGUCUGCUACAAGUGAGAUGCUUGCGUGGGCCAGUGCCCAGAUCCAUUGCCAGUUUCACGCCAGUGAAAACAGAGUGGCCCUGCCGGUUCAGGGCAACAAACAGGAUGUGCAGGCUGGGAGCGACACUGUCCUCAUCCCGAGUCGAGGAGAGCGAGGCCAGUGCAUGCUGGACACUCCCCCAAAGAUACUGUUCUGUGACCUCCGUCUGGACCCCGGGGAGAGCAAGACAUACGCCUACAGUGAGAUGGUGCCCGUGGACGGCCCCCCGAGUUUCCGCGGCCAGGCGGUGAAGUACGUCUACAAGCUCACCAUCGGAUGCCAGAGGGUCAACUCCCCCAUCAAACUGCUGCGGGUUCCCUUCAGAGUGCUGGUGCUGCAGGGCUUGCCAGAGCCUCCCUUCCCCCAGGACGAGGAGGUGUCCCCCUCCAACCCCUUCCUGGAGGAGGAGGAGGCCAGCCGCCGGGACGUCCGGCACCUGGAGAGAGCCCUGGACACGCUGAUGGUCAACACCUCCCGCCGCUGUCCCAGCAUGUUCAACAUCACCAACAUGCGGGGCAAAGUGGCCAAGUUCUGCAUUUUCAAGAUCGCCUACAGACUCGGAGAGGAAAUCAUCGGGACUUUCAACUUUUCAGAGGGAGACAUCCCCUGCUUACAGUACUCGGUGAGCCUGCAGAGCGAGGAGGAGAUCCAGCAGCCGUACCAGCGGCGGCCGGGCCAGGCGGUCAGCGUGACGGGCCACGGCCGCCACGUGGAGCCCUGCCUCCACACGGCCUCCAGCCACUUCUCCCUCCCCGUGCCGCUCAACAUCACGCCGGGCUUCAGCACCGACAUCGUUACCCUGAGGUGGCGCCUGCACUUUGAGUUUGUCACCGCCCGAGAGCCCAUGGAACCGCCCACUAUCACUCAGAACCAAUCAGAGGUGACAGUCUGGACGGGGGCGGAGAACGUCGACGUGGACACUUUCAGUUGGGACCUGCCAAUCAAAGUGCUGCCCACCAACCCGGCUUUGGCCUCGUACAUGUCCCAGUUUACAGGGACCAACUGCAUCAACAUCUGAUGAUUUGCUGUGUUCCUAUUGGUCAAGGACUUGAGAGGGGGUGCUCUACGAACGGGAAGGGUCAAGUCGUGAACUUAUGCAGAGGCUCACUUAUUUGCGUUUGUGUGAUCUGAACCAAACUGUGUGCUAACAAGUAUAUCUUUUUUUCAUAAAAUAAGCUAAGCAUUCUGGGAAGAAAUGCAAAUGUUUGAUAUUGUAUAUGCAGAAUGGUGAAUAGACUUUAUAUGUAUGCAACAUCAUGCAACAUUUUUUUUUUCCUCUUUGUUUUGAGUAUUUUGACCUGUGAUUUCCAUGCAAGUCCUUUAAACCUGAUCUUCCUUUUCAGAGAUGGAGAGAAAUGAUCUAAAUCGCAGCUUUCACUGUUGUUAUUUGACAUUCUCUUCAUUUUCUGUUGUUUGCCUGUACUGUUUGAAGCACAUUAACAAUAUGUCACAGCUUUUUUUUUUAAUCUUAUGCAAUGAUUUCCACUGUUAAAUAGGCCAGGCUUUAUUUCCCAAUGGCUGUACAAACAGUGGCUGAAAUAAAACUGUGUGGUUUGGAGGAAUUUGUAGAAUUGUUUCUUCACACAGUAUUUCAGUUGUAAAGCACUUUAUUUUGAGUUUAAUUGAAUUGUAGCACAUCAAAUACAACAUA